UGACGUUUGUCGUCGUAAACGUCAAAAAGGAUUAUUAUAAAAGAAAAAGGAAUGUACCCAUUGUUUGUUUGUUUUUUCGGCAUUGAUGAUUUUUUAUUUUAACAAUGAAUAUAAUACAUGAUUCAGAUUUAUUGCAAAGCAAUGAGUACACUUUAAGUUCUCAUUCUCAUAGUCAUCUAGGAGAAAGUGCCGAUGUCACUAGACGUAGAAGCUCAAAUCGUUCUAUUAAGCGAAAAAAGUUCGAUGAUGAACUAGUGGAAUACAGCCUUGGGAUGCCCGGUAUUUCUAACAUAAAGGGUGGUCGAGCUCGCACACAAUCAGCUCAUUUAGAACUUGGGGUAGCUUCACCUUCUACGCCUCCCGUUCUUCCACCUCAACCAUCUACUUCUCAAGUCUUCAUAGAUCACAAAAGAAAACAAGUGUCAAAAAAUGUAUUACCUUCUUCAAAACGUGGAAAGAAAAGUGGUAAACUUGGAGGGCAGUACACUGCAAAAGACCUGGGAAGAUGGAAGCCAGUAGAUGAUUUGGCUUUGAUUAUUGGAGUACAACAAACCAAUGAUUUGCGCACUGUUCACUUAGGUACGAAGUUUUCCUGUAAGUUCACUGUGCAAGAAUUACAACAAAGAUGGUAUGCUUUGUUGUAUGAUCAGGCUGUCUCAAGAGUAGCAGUUUCUGCAAUGAGGAACCUUCAUCCUGAUAUGAUUGCUGCUGUACAGGAUAGAGCUCUUUGGAGUCAACAAGAGGAGAAAAUUUUAAGUACUAUCAAAUCUAAUACAACUACCCCUCCCACAGUAGAAACUUUUGCAGAACUCCUUUCUCAACAUCCGUCCGUCUUUUACACCGGCCGCACUGCCGCCUCCUUGUUCCGCCACUGGCAGAGUCUUAAGAUGUAUAAUCUCUUACCAGAUCAGACAUUGGGACCUCUUCCUACUUCAGCUCGCCCAAUAGUGACCUUUAAUGACGCAGAAGAAAUUGUACAAGAUUCCGAUCUAACUGAACCUCCCGAUGAGGGAUUGGAUAGGGAGAUGAAACUCCAACAGAGAAGGAAUUUGAAAGAAAUUAGGCAACUGGAAAAUGAGAUUGGUCGAUGGAACGUAUUAGUUGACAGCGUGACAGGAAUAUGUCCCGGCAAUUUGGACAACCAAACAUUAGCCGUUCUUCGAGGAAGAAUGGUUAGGUAUCUCAUGCGAAGUCGAGAAAUCAGUAUUGGAAGAACGGGCAAGGGACAUGUUGUUGAUAUUGACUUGGCUCUUGAAGGACCGGCACAUAAAGUUUCCAGACGACAAGGUACUUUAAGGUUACGAAAUACCGGAGAAUUCUAUCUAUCCUCGGAAGGCAAACGACCAAUCUUCGUUGAUGGCAGACCGAUAACGGCCGGAAACAAAACCCGCCUCUACGAUAAUGCCGUCGUCGAGAUAGCUUGCCUAAGAUUCAUCUUUUCGAUCAACCAAGAUUUAAUUAGAUCUAUUCAUAACGAAUCUGUUAGAUAUGGUUUACCGCCAUAAGCUACUCCAGUGAUUAGUAUUACGUAUAAAGAUCCAUUUUGCAGUUAACCAUUUAUUAAGCGUUGUAUUUUCUUUAUAUAGACGUUUAAAACAGAAUUUUUGGAAUGUUCAUAAUGAAAUAUUAUUGGUACAGUAUAAACACCGUUGCACGUCAUUGUCUAGGUCAAAUAUCUAAGUUAACAUUGUUGCCAAAUUACAAAAAAAUCCUGAAUAGAAUGCGAGAAUAUGUUCCAGAUAUUUUAGAAAAGAUAAGGAUACAAAAUUGCACUAAAUAAACCUAAGAAAGAUUUUUUAAGAAUACCGAUUUUUCGAUUAUACGGGGUUUUUACGUUCCCUGUGAGGGUGUCAUAAUAUCCAAUAUUUGAAAUUUCUGCAGUUAAAACCACAGAUUUUUAAUAAUAAAACGAGAAAAAAGGAAAAAGAACACUGCAAACAUGUAAACAACAAUGAAAACUUCAAAGCAAUGUUUGCUUGCUGUCAAAGUCACGUGAUCUGGAAUGGUCAAAUAAUUAAAAAUUAAACAACCAUUUGUGCGUUACGGUUGGUACCAACUUAAUGUAUAUUUUAAUAUUCGUUUACUCCAUUCGUUACUGAUCACGCGCCAGCGCGUGAUAUGGUUACUUCAGUCAGGUGACGUUCACGCACAGCGAGUGAUAUGGUUACUUCAGUCAGGUGCCGUUCAAUAGAAUGGCUCCUAGCCAGAGGCGUGCGGUCCUUGGAAGCGGGGGAAGCGCCGCUUCCCUAUUAUAUACUUCGAUAUAACAAAAUACAUUAUUAAUUAAUAUUUAAUUAUCAAAAAUUUUCCCCAAUCCCAGUAAUCUACAUAUUAUUACCUAGGCAAUAGGCAUUGAAAAAUAUUAAAAAGGAAGGAACUCAAUAUGCACACAAUUCAAUUACUCGGUCCACCCCUGACAGAAGCGCAUCUCAAAAUCGCCGCUUGUCAUGCAGUUGUCCCGUAUAAAAAUUGGUCAGGGUUCAAUGACGGCACCCACUAGUCGCGCGAAUUUUGGUACCCUGCAGAAGCGAUCGUUCGAUCGUCUUCCAAGAGUGGGAUGCUCUGACUGUUACUGCUUCUAAGGGGUGCUUAGGUACAUACAUUCGCUUAAAGAAUAUUUCGAUUUAAAUUUUUUGCAGAGAUUUUUCCUUUUACUGAUCUUUUAUUUGACAUUUUACAGAUGAAGUCAAUUGACAUUGCAUUUUGUAUAAGACAAAUUGAUGACUUUAUUAAUACGAUAAUUAAAAAACGAGAGCAGUUUAAAAAUAUUUGGGAUAAAACUGAAAAUAUGGGGUUUGAACAUGAAAGAAAAAAAAUGAAGAUUGAUAAUGUCGACAACAGAGAGACCUUUUGAUAACAUUCUACAAAAAAUGAAUUUUCGCUUUCAAAAUUUUAACGAAUUAAAAUUUGUAGAAUUAUAUAAUAUAUUCUUAUUUAAUAUUUCUAAUUAUAAUUCAUCAAAAUUUCCCACAGGAAUUUAUUUCACUACGAUUAAAUAAUGAAAAUAUUUUGAUAUGCCAGCUUUGCAUUAUAAGUUAAGUGUUGUUUAUGAAACAACUCACAUUAGUGAUAAAGAUAUACUCAGAAAUCUGGGUAUUUCUUAUAACUACUGGUUUAAAAAAGUCCCUGUGUGAAGUUGUGUGAAUUACUACAAACUAUCCCAGUCACAAGUGCAUCAGUUGAACGAAGUUUUUCAGUAUUAAAAUGCAUUAAAAGUUUUACAAGAAAUUCAACAAGCGAAGACAGACUUUACAAGUCCAUUGAAAAAGACUGAAUUCAACAAUUAUCAGAAGUUGAUAGGAGAAUAGAGCUCAAGUAUAAAUAAGUGUCAUAUUGUUGAAAGUUGUCUGUUGUGGAAAAUGCCUCGGAAUUAAAAAAAAACAUUGAAAUAGAUCUCUUCUUUAGGAAACGAAGCCCGGAGCGAGGACUUAAGGCCCGAGCAAGCAAUACAGAUCAAUGAUAGGUCACUAUAGUCACUAGAAAUAGCGGCAAUAGAGUGCCUCACGCAUUGAUCGGGGUAUGAUUUAGUGUGUGACUCCUUGUACCCAGGACGUCUCACAUAAGCACUUUGCUGAUAGAGAGCCCCUACAGCGCAUCAGAGUGUUAUCAGGUGGGAAGUGGCUCGACCCUCGACCCUUAAGAAAAUAUUUUUAUAUCCUUAUUGAAUCGCUUCCCCUUUAGAAAAAGUCACCGCACGCCACUGCUCCUAGCUGAGUUCCAUCCUCUUCGAUAGGCAGCGAAUGGGUUAAAACUAAUAAUAUAUUGUGAAAAUUUUCAUAUCUUCUCAUUAUGAACAAUCCACAAAUUCUUAAUCGUUUGCCAAGUAAAUUACCUAAUUCUUUUCGUUAGAUUUUCAGUUUUUUUGCACUUGUUGCUUUUAUUUUGUUUUUGCUCAAAAGUGUUCGAUGUAGUUUAAUAAUAUCAAAAUGACUCGUGUUAUGUACCAGAAACAAGUCGUUUAAUGCAAGUAAUCAUUUAAUUACAAAACAGUAUAUACACUUAUUUAGGUAUAAUAGCAACUUAAUAUUACCAAUAAUUUAAUAUCUGGAGGAAAUAAAAAGUAUUCUUUAUUA